UUAAUCAUCAUCCCAGUUGUAGUAUAGGAGGGCAGUCUUCUUCCUUCCCUCCCUCCUCUACUCUUUAGUGUGUAUUUGCUUACACUUUAAAAGCCUGUUGGGUGACUUUUAUCUGCUAACCUGAUGGGAAAACCAGCAUGAAACCACUGAAACAAAGGUCAAAGAUGGCGUCAAGCAGUACGAGCAGCGAAGAGGAGCGGAGCCUCAGGGAGUGCGAGCAAUAUGUCCAGAAGCACAACAUUCAGCUGCUGCUCAAGGACUGCAUCAUCCAGCUGUGCACGGCCCGGCCCGACCGGCCCAUGGCCUUCCUCAGGGACUACUUUGAAAGACUGGAAAAGCAGGAAGAAGCCCAGCAGAUGGCUUUGCAGCAGAAGUCCAGCUUGCGGUCAGACUCCCGUGAGGAUGAAGUAUCUCCACCUAUGAACCCUGUGGUGAGGGGUCGCAGCCGGAGAGGAGCCAUCAGUGCUGAGGUGUACACCGAGGAAGACGCUGCUUCCUAUGUCAGAAAGGUCAUCCCAAAAGACUACAAGAGCAUGGCCGCCCUGGCCAAAGCCAUGGAGAAAAACGUGCUGUUUGCCCAUCUGGACGACAAUGAGAGGAGUGACAUUUUUGACGCAAUGUUUUCUGUCAACUACAUUGCUGGAGAAACAGUCAUCCAACAAGGUGACGAGGGAGACAACUUCUAUGUUAUCGACCAGGGAGAGAUGGAUGUUUACGUGAACAACGAAUGGGUGACCAGCAUUGGCGAGGGGGGCAGUUUUGGGGAGCUGGCUCUGAUUUAUGGGACCCCUCGGGCAGCUACAGUCCGGGCCAAGUCCAAUGUGAAGCUGUGGGGCAUCGACAGAGACAGCUACAGAAGAAUACUGAUGGGGAGCACUUUGAGAAAGCGUAAGAUGUACGAGGAGUUCCUCAGCAAGGUGUCCAUUUUAGAGUCUCUGGAUAAGUGGGAGCGUCUGACGGUGGCAGACGCUCUGGAGACGGUGCAGUUUUUGGAUGGCCAGAAAAUUGUGGUGCAGGGAGAGCCCGGCGAUGAGUUCUUCAUCAUCCUGGAGGGGACAGCAGCAGUGCUUCAGAGGCGGUCAGAGGACGAGGAGUUCGUAGAGGUCGGCAGACUCGGACCGUCAGAUUACUUUGGUGAGAUCGCCCUGCUGAUGAACCGGCCCCGCGCUGCCACUGUUGUUGCAUGUGGACCCCUCAAGUGUGUCAAAUUGGACCGGCCGCGGUUCGAGCGAGUCCUGGGUCCCUGCUCCGACAUCCUGAAGAGAAACAUCGAGCAGUACAACAGCUUCGUGUCCCUCUCUGUCUGAGCUCGUCUGCACUCAGACCCUCCUUUCCUCUGUACUGCAGGGUCCACCAACGCACAUCUGCUUUAUUUUCCUACUUUAGUCUCUCUUUCACAUAUGUUACCACAGCCACAAGAUCACUUCAAUACAUCUGUUACUCUUUUUUUAUUUAUUUCAUUUUUUCCCAUGUACUCAGAAGAUAGGAUUAGUUUGUGUGACUUCAUCACCUGAAGCUGUUAUUACAAUAUCAAAUAGGAGUUUGCGUUGAACUUACAGCUGCUGAAAUGAAUUAACAGCAUAUGUGUGACUGAGUGUGCGUUCACACUGUGAGUUCGAGGUCAGUGACGAGAUAUAAAAGCACUGAUCACAACAGGACAAGUCUGUGUUUAUAGAGCACAUUUUAAAACAUGCUGAUAAAACAUUUAGAUAAUUCAAAUGGGAACAUUUGUAUAAAAUAUACAGAUGACAUUAAAUCAUCUAGACAAAAUAUGAAGCACAGUGAAACUUAACAGAUAAAAGAUGAGUCAAAUUAAGACAGGAUAUAAAAAUGUGAAAGGAAAUAAGCAUAGUGUAAGCUGACAUGUGGCACAUUCAAAGAAAAAUGACCUACCCAAAAUAUUUUCACAUCAGUUUUGCAGUAUUAAAGGUUCUAUAUGUAACUUUCAAAGAAAUGUUAAUAGUGACACCAGUGGCCGUUAAGUUAACUGCAGCCAGCGUCCUGCUGCUCACUCCAUAUGGCCGAAAGUGACAGGAAAAUAAAUGACAGUCAUAUUUAGAAUAAUGUUACUAUCUGCAGUGUUCUUAUAUUUUAUUUGGACCAUUAGCUCCAUGCUACUAACUAGCCGGGAGUCUGGUGGAGCUAGCUGAUUAUUUUGCUAUGUUAGCUAGCUAGUAAUUUGUCCGUGUAAGCUAACAUUAGUCCACUACAACCACAGCCUCACAAUAUGUUCUACAAGCUCUGCAGUAAUGUUAGCUUUGACUUUGGACUCUGUGUUGUGGUGGCUGUCGGCCAUUUGUAGAUGUUAGCGGACUCCAUUUAUACAUUAAUGAUAGCUAGUGCUGCUCACUGUUGAAACUCUAGGGCAGUGGAGAGUCGGGACUGAAAAUCCAACCCUCAUCCCUACGUAGAAACACAAAUUAAUCAAUCCACAGGCAGCAGACAAUGUCAGGGAAGGUUCCUUUUUGAAAUGACGUUACAACCCAUUCACUCAUUGGCUGUAAAAUGUGAUUCAUACAUAAAAAUGUAAAAUGCUUCAGAAUCUACAAAAAACGUGGACAGUGUGAGCGCACAGUUAGUAGCUUAAUUUGCUCUGGAGAUCUUCAGUGUUCACAGAGACCCUGUGACAGAUGGUUUCAUGCUGACGAAGAAGCUUUAUGUUUGUCAAGCGGUACACCUAAAGGUUUACCUGUUUGCUGCUGCUCUUUUCUAUUUGUCAGGAUGUUUUUAGCCAUGCUAGCAGACUGAAAUGUCCCAGCAGCUCUCAUAUGGGGGCUCUCAAACUCAGAUUGGCUUGGGGCCACUGCGGGUAUUGUCAUCUCAUAGGAGGACCACUUCAAGGUUCAAGUACUACAAGAAAGAGCAAUAUUCUGGAAAUAUUUCCGUUACUAAUGUUGUACUUAAAAAAUGCAAACAGCAGUUUCUAUACAUUUUUAUAUGGUUUGCAGACAAACAACAAAUGAAGGCCAAAAGAAAUAAGUAUAAUAAAAAGUGUUUUUAUUUUAAUUGUAUAUGAAAGGGUGGUUUAAAUUUUUAUGAAACUCCUAGAAAAGAAAUAAAAUGUAUAGUCGCAAGUGGUAAUGAGCGCGUUCAAACCAUUUUGUGCUCAACAGAAAGAAGCAGCUCAAUCGGCAAAAAUGAAAGCGUCACAACAUCACUUCAUACAGAUUAAUUCUGUUUAAAGAAGGACAGACUGAUCAGACACCGAUUUCAUCAUCACAAAGCCUGCCUUCGUUCAGUAAGUCCCACCAUUGGGCCCUACCUUUAUCUGAUCUGAAUGGAACUUGGUGGUUACCUCCAGGAGUUGGCCUGGUAUGUCUCCAGUGCGCUUAAUCAGAAUUUGCCCAAAGGCAUCUUGAGAAACUAUGUUAUAGGCCACACCCCCUUUUCCUUCUAUCCGUAUAGAACUUCAGAUUUUUACCCGGUAUGCAUUUGUGGCAUUGGUGGCAUUUGCGGCACAGUCUUUGGAUCAAGUCCACAAUGCUUGUAUAGACCUCUUCCGAGUCACGACCUGAAGACAUCUACCAAGUUUCAUGAUGAUUGGACAGAUGAUCAAAAAGUUAUGCCCAAAAGUUCUAAGCCCCGCCCUUAGUGACCAUAUUUUGAUGGAUGGUGGCCAUGCGUUUUGACCAAUCACGCUCAUUUGCUAUAGAAAUGUGUAUCUUGAUCCUGCAGUGCCCCUCACACAGUAUACAAGUACAGGUCCAUUUACCAUUUAAGUCUGAAUGACCACCCAUCAUCACUCUGUGUUAAUUGUCUAAGAUGUCUUAACUUAGCAGGGUUGUACCCAUCUGCCAUAUGUACAGUAUGGUAUCACUUUGACUUGGUACUGUAUUUGUUUUUAUCUGGUAACUUCACAGUAUUUCUGACUGAGCAAUAACUGAGUGUGAGUAUGUGGAGCACUCAGAAAGCUGGCUCGUUCUUUGUUUUCAGCCUGAUGUUGGACAGCUCACUGCGCUCCAGCACUCUGUCAGACCAUCAGUGUUCGAGACUGAAAAGGCUGCGGCGAGUCUCUCCAGCGGACCAUUCUUUUUAUAUCGUUUUUGUGCCUUUCCUCAGAUUGAUCGGAGUGAUUGUGCUUAAAUGUCAGUGUGUUUUGGAUUUCUCUGUAAGACGUUCUUACAGCAGUUGAAGCAAUAAAGAGAUCAGUGUUUUCA